GUGGUCUUCCUCUUGGCCAGCGGAGACAUCGCCGCAGUUUCUCCGGGAUUCGCGUCGCCCUGCCGGGAUUCCGAAGGAGAAGAGGCCUUUCGAGGGGAAUUGUGGAGUUCCAGGGAUUGGAUCUGGAGAAUAAAUGCUGAAAGCGUGCAGCUGUAGGUUUAUUUUCUCUUUUCCUGGCACAGAUCUGGCGAGCUUAGGUUUGAGAUCUCCGUGCUUCUGCGAUCGAUAGGGAUCUUCCAGCUGGUCAAUAGGAGCAAAGCAAUAAAACACCAUGAAGGCGCUCAUCCUUGUUGGGGGAUUUGGCACCCGCCUCCGACCUUUGACACUCAGUUUCCCAAAGCCACUCGUUGAUUUUGCCAACAAACCAAUGAUCCUCCAUCAGAUCGAAGCUCUUAAGGAUGUCGGAGUAACCGAAGUCAUCUUGGCCAUCAACUAUCAACCUGAGGUUAUGAUUAGUUUUCUUAAGGAUUUUGAGGAUAAGCUGGGAAUUAAAAUCACAUGUUCACAAGAGACUGAACCACUCGGCACGGCUGGUCCCUUGGCUUUAGCAAGAGAUAAGCUAGCAGAUGGUUCCGGCGAGCCCUUCUUUGUCCUCAACAGUGAUGUUAUAAGUGAAUACCCAUUUGCUGAACUAAUUCGGUUCCACAGAUCGCAUGGUGGCGAGGCAACGAUAAUGGUUACCAAGGUUGAUGAGCCAUCCAAAUAUGGUGUGGUUGUUAUGGAUGACGAAAGCGGGAGGGUUGAUAGAUUCGUGGAGAAGCCAAAAAUUUUCGUAGGAAACAAGAUCAAUGCAGGGAUUUACUUGCUGAAUCCAUCCGUCUUAGAUCGUAUUGACCUGCAACCAACCUCCAUUGAAAAGGAAGUCUUUCCAAAAAUUGCAUCAGAGAAACUACUCUAUGCCAUGGUCUUACCAGGUUUCUGGAUGGACAUUGGGCAGCCGAAGGACUACAUCACAGGCCUACGUCUCUAUCUGGACUCUCUGCGGAAGAAAUCAUCGACAAAGUUAGCUACUGGUCCUCAUAUCAUAGGGAACGUUCUGAUCCAUGAGACUGCUGUGAUCGGACAGGGAUGCCUCAUUGGGCCAGAUGUUGCCAUUGGACCUGGGUGUGUGAUUGAGUCUGGAGUCAGGCUGUCAAGGUGCACGGUGAUGAGAGGUGUUCGCAUCAAGAAGCACACAUGCGUUUCCAGCAGUAUCAUCGGUUGGCACUCAACAGUAGGGCAGUGGGCACGGAUUGAAAACAUGACCAUCCUGGGAGAGGACGUCCACAUCUCCGACGAGGUAUACAGCAACGGAGGGGUUGUACUCCCACACAAAGAAAUCAAAUCCAGCAUCUUGAAGCCUGAGAUAGUCAUGUGACAAGGGAAGAGUGGCCUGCUUCUUGGUGUUGUUCAGCUCUAAUAUUGUUGUUUGAGUUUGUUGAUUUGUAGUGUCCCCCUCAGUUUUAAUGUCGAAUUGUAGAUAUAAUGGUAGUGUCGGUAGCAACAGAUCCCCUGGAUGUCUGUUGUUUUUUGGUUCGCCUCUGCAGUGUCUGUAAUCAAAUAAUGCAGUAAGUAAUCAAAUAAGGUAAUUAUCAUCAAA